UUCCUUUUUCAUUUGUGAUUUUGCAUGGCUCCCCGUGGAUGCCUUUACUAAACUUUACUUCAUUCCCUUCAGAGGAUUCCUUAGAAAUUUACCUCACCACUAUGCACAUCAAAAGUUACUGAUCCAACAAAACUCUAAAAUGUCUGCACCUGAAGAAAAAAAGUCCUGUGAAAUGAUGGACAACAUAGAAGGCACAGCAGUAGAUGAGACCAAACUUCCUAUAGACAAUAAACCUUUCAAUGAGUUGAUGAGCAGGGUGGUAGAAAAUCUACAGAGUGUACAGAAAGAAUGGGCCACAAUCCAGUCUCUUUCUGCCAACAGUAUAAGCCCCGGAGAUUUCACCCAAAAUGAGGUGAUUGUACAGAAAUCAUUGCUCAACAACUUGGCUGUGGACUCAGCCAAUAUAAAAGCUUUGCUCCUGUCAUUAAUGACACAGAAUGUGGAAAUAGCUGAUGCUAGAAUUAAAUACCUGGAGAAAAAUUUAGAGGAGGUCCUACAAGAAAGAAACAACCUACAGCAAGAGGUACAGCACUGGAAGUCUCAGCUGGAGAACACAGUGGGGGAACUGCAGAGGGAGAAGAAGGUCCAGGUGAACUUAAAGACCGAGAUUCAAGAAUUGACUGACCAGCUACAGCAGCAGUCAGAUUUCUGCUCCUCCCUAGGGGCGGCCAGCUGUACCCUGCUCUGGAGGGUCUCUAAACAUGAGAACACCAUAGAAACUAUAAUAUCUGGGAGCAGAAGUCAAGAAUUCCUAGAGAUAAUCUCCAGUUCUGUCAUGAGCUAUCUGACAGCGUAUAAAGAUGAUGAAUGGCCCAAUCAAAACACUGACGAGGCCAUCUUUAUACUCUCUUUGUGUGGAGUUGUAACAAACAUAGCAGCAACAGCCAUUGGAAGAGAACACAUAUCAACCAGCUUGUAUGGAUGUAAAACAAUAGACACAUUCAUUAAGUUUAUCCAAGAGGCUCCACUUACUAAGAGUGCCAACAUGAAAAUCUUGAUGCUAAUGAGCUUGUACAACAUCAGCCUGAACUCCAAGGGCAUCAUGUAUCUGAGUUCUAGGUCAGAUUUCAUCAAGACACUGUGCUGGCAUCUCAAAGAAGAGAAGGAUGCAGACAACAGAAUCAGUACCAUGCGCCUUAUGCAAUCUUUGAUGACUGAUGAAAAUAUUGGCUUGGCUUGCACAAAAAAACUUUCUGAGCGAUGCUUGAUGCACCUUGAGAAGUUGUGCCACAGUAGCAAUAGGGAAAUCAAAAGUCUGGCCCAGGAAAUAGUUUCAGACAUGAGAGCUGUUGUGGUAGAAGAUUAAUCUGUCAUUCAGCACAUUGUGUCAUCUAGCACAUAGUGUCAUCUAGCACAUUGUGUGUCAUCUAGCACAUUGUGUGUCAUCUAGCACAUUGUGUGUCAUCUAGUACAUUGUGUCAUCUAGCACAUUGUGUGUCAUCUAGCACAUUGUAUGUCAUC